ACGGCCGCUGGAGGCAAGGGAGGUGUCCAGGGGUCCAGGCGGCGGGACCGCCGGGCCAUUGAGGCCCACGGAGGGCGCGCUCUAGGAAAUUCUACAAAGAAGAAUGUCAGGUGCAGGGGAAGACCCACUAGAAGAAACAGAAAAAGAUGGAGACACAGAAAUGGAAGAAGAAGAAGAAGAAGAAGAUUAUAGUUCAUAUUAUAGAGAGGCAGAAAGCAUGCUGCAGGAGUUGAAGGAAGAUGAUAUAUUGGAAUGGGGAAAGCCUUGGGAGGAGGAGGAGGAGGAAGAGGAAGGAGAGGAGGAGGGGGAGGAGAAGGGCGGGGAGGAGGAGGGAGAAGGUGGGAAAGAGGAGGCUGUCAGAGAAAAAAGGAAGGAAAGGGCUGCAGCGGUGAGGGCAGAGGUAGCUGCGGGCAUACAGGAAGAAACCACAGCGAAGCCCCAAGAAAUCACCAAGUCCAAGAUCAGUGUGAAGAAACUUCCAUUGACGGAUUCCCAGGCAGGAACUUUUCUACCCUCCAGGAAGCUCGGGGAGAAUGCCGACCAGCUGCCCCAAGAUGAAUUGGGACAAGGAGGGACAGAUUUGGAAACAGAAAAGGGAGAAAGGAUACAAGACAAAAGAUCAUCAUACUUAAGUGAGGAAAAAGAAAAAGAAUUCCAGCCCAAGACGGAGAUGCCAAAGGAUUCACUGGUGGCCACCAGCAAGGACAUUCUGUUCCAAAACAAUGACAGAGCCAACGCGUACCCUCUGACCUUGACUUGGUCUUUCGGCUGGAACAGUUCUCUUCCUGUUUACUACAUUCGAGACGAAAACCAGAGAGUUCUUCUGUAUGUCUGUGCUCACAAUGCAGUCAUCUACAAUGUUUUAGAGAAUAAUCAGCACCAUCUUCAGGGCCACCCCAACAUGAUCUCCUGCCUCUGCGUCAGUGAGGAUAGGCGGUGGAUUGCCACGGCCGACAAAGGGCCCGACUGCCUGAUAAUUAUAUGGGACUCCUUCACAGGCAUUCCUGUGCACACAAUAUUUGACAGCUGCCCAGAAGGGAACGGCAUCAGAGCCAUCGCCAUCACCUGGGACGCCAAGUAUCUGGCGACCAUCUCAGAUGCUGAAAUCCAGAAAGUUUGCAUCUGGAGGUGGACUUUAGCAGUGGAAACACCAGCAUGUACCCUUGACCUUCCCAAAGAGUAUGGAUUUCAGAACUACCUUACUUUUAAUCCAACAAAUAAUAAAGAAUUGGUGAGCAAUAGUAAAACACAGGCAAUAUAUUAUUUGUGGUAUGAAGAGGAAGGUAUACUCGCUCACAGUGCCCCACGUUUAACAGAAAAAACAUUCAACAAGCUUGUGGGAAGAUUUAGCCAGUCAGUCUUUCAUUUGAAUUUAACACAAAUACUCUCAGCAACAAUGGAAGGGAAGCUGGUUGUCUGGGACAUAUACCGCCCCCCAUCGCCCGCCUCCGCCUCUCCAGGCUUUCCUUAUAUCAAACCUUGUAAAUUGGUUCAUUUGCAGAAGGAGGGCAUCACUGUGCUUACUACAGUUGAUAGCUAUAUUGUCACAGGUGACAUUAGAGGUAACAUUAAGUUCUACGAUCGCACCCUGUCCAUUGUUAACUGGUACAGCCACUUUAAACUGAGCCCCAUAAGGACCCUGUCCUUUUCAAGGACCCCAGCAGCUCCGCCUACCGAAAAAUCAAACUAUCCUCCAGACUGCACUUUAAAAGGUGACCUUUUUAUCAUAAGGAAUCUUAUCAUUGGAACAUCUGAUGCUACAGUGUACCACUUAACGACAGAUGGGACCAAACUUGAGAAGUUAUUCGUGGAGCCCAAGGAAGCCAUUUGUGCCAUCUCCUGCCACCCAUAUCAACCCCUCCUCGCCAUUGGCAGUUUCUGUGGGAUGAUCAAAGUGUGGGAUUAUGAAAAGAAAAAAUACCUUUUCAGCAGGGUCUUUGAGAAGGGGCUCGGCAUCCAGAGUCUAACCUAUAACCCUGAAGGAGACCUUCUUGGAGCUGGCUUCACCGAGGGGACAGUUUAUAUCCUUGAUGCAAUGUCCUUAGAAAACCAAAUCCCAGAGCCUUUCAAAUAUUCCAGAACCAGCGUGACUCACAUCAGCUUCUCCCAUGACUCCCAGUACAUGGCAACUUCUGAUGUACGAUUUACUGUGUCUGUUUACAUGGUGGUAGUCAGAGAUGGACACAGGGUCUGGGAGUAUCUGGCAAGACUUCGUUCUCAUCGCAAAAGCAUUCGCAGUCUCCUGUUUGGGGUUCAUCUGGACAGCAAUGUGCCAAGACUGCUGAGCCUCGGGAAAGACAGACUCUUGAUCGAGUAUAAUCUUCUUAAGAGCUCCAAAGACCACCUGGAGGUCCUGGACAUUCACCGAACCGAUCAGGACAACCAUCCCACCUGUAUGGUCUGGUACCCACCGCUCACCAAGGAACUCUUCCUGCUCAUUUGCAACAGUGGCUACAAAGUGAAACUUUUUAAUUCUACCACGAAAAUGUGCAGAAAGACACUUCUUGGGCCAGUUUACGGCUCUUCCAUUGAGCAGGUACAGAUCCUCCCUGUGAAAAGCACCUUGGACCUGCAGAAACGCUACAUGGUGUUUAUUAACAGAGACAAGGUUGGACUUCAGAUCUUACCAAUCGAUGGCAAUCCACAUAAGACAUCUGCUAUUAUAUGCCACCCAAGCGGGGUGGCUGGAAUGGCCCUUUCCUAUGACGGGUGUUAUGCCUUCACAGCAGGAGGGCGGGAUCGAUCGGUGGUGCAGUGGGAAAUCAACUUAAGUGCUCUGGAGGCUGCGGUGUCUCUUGGGGGCGAAGACUUGACCCCGUUCUACGGUCUGGUGGCUGGUGGCAGGGAAGGAAAAUUCUACAGGGAGCUGGAAGACUACUUUUACUAUUCUCAACUCCGCAGUCAAGGAAUUGAUACAAUGGAGACCAGAAAGGUGUCGGAACACAUUUGCCUGUCGGAGCUUCCUUUUGUCAUGAGAGCAAUUGGCUUCUACCCCUCCGAGGAAAAGAUUGAAGAUAUGUUUAAUGAAGUCAGAUUUAGUGAGUAUGUGGACACUGGAAAGCUAAUUGACAAAAUCAACUUACCAGAUUUCUUUAAAGUUUACCUCAAUCACAGACCACCUUUUGGUAACACCAUGCGUGGCAUUCAGGAUAGCUUUAACGUCCUCGGUUUUACCAAUUCAAGCGGAAAGAAGGUUAUACGAAGAGAAGACUUCCUAAAACUGCUUCUAACGAAAGGUGAGCACAUGACAGAGGAGGAGAUGUGUGACUGCUUCGCUACGCUGUUUGGACUGAAUCCUGAGGGGUGGAAAUCUGAGCCCGCAGCCUCCUCCGUCAAAGGUUCAGAAAUCUGCUUUGAAGAACAACUUCCAGACGAAAUCACUGCAGAAAUAUUCGCGACUGACAUUCUUGGCCUAACCAUUUCACAAGAUUUCAGACAAGAUCCUAUGGUCAGCGAAGUUGUAAGGAAUGCUUGAGGCACAAAGGACUGUGUGUGUGCGCGGGGUUUGUUGUUUCUUUUUUUUUUUUUUUUCUUCCCAAGAGGCGCUGCUUUCCCUGUAUUUCCCUGCCCCCCACUGUCAUCUCUGGAACAUUUAGACAUUAAAAGCAAAUUUCUGUUAAGCAGUGGAAUUCACAAAGUUGGACAUUCCACUGUUUCUCAAAUAGAAAAGUGGCUGGAGGCAAAAGA